CAAAUGCCUGCCCGACAUAGCACUAUUCCGACAACAGAGUGUUAUCAUGUCUAGCUACCAAGAGUAAGUAUUGAUUCCCCAGAACACGGUAACAGAAAUCAACUACCAUACAGGAAAGUACUUCAAGUGGCCUCGCAGAUACUCCCGGACUGGCCGAAAAAACCAACCCAAUUCUACGUUGCGAUCCUCCCAUACAAUGUCACCGUUCCGACCUGCCAACACGCAGAUUUCUUCUGGCUGAAAUGCGGAGGCGUAAGUGCGAAAUGCUUCCCAUCUUCGAUAUAUCUUCGUUCAUUGUGCUAGAGCUGAUAUGACCCCCCUUAGAGAACCACGAUUGCGACCCUCCGAAAGGCCUACAUUGCACAAUCAGAGACUAGCGUUGAGUUGAUGUACGAGGAUCGUGUCAAGCCACAAGAUGAUACACAAAUUCGCAAUCUUUAUCAUACGCGGUCGGAUAUUCUAGUCUUUUGGACAAUUGUCAAUACGACCGAAGUGCUAUCCCUUGAUGUUCACCCAAACUUCUGGGCGAUAGCAAAUAGGAUGCAAGCAAUAUGGGCGGGACGCGCUAGCCCGAGAGACUUUCUGGAUUUGGAGCCGCAGGUACAUUUUGGAGCAUGUAAUGUGAUUGGAAAUUACUAGUCGCUAAUGGCCGUCUAGGUAAUGCCUGCCAUAGUUCUGCCUCGGGAAGUUGCCAGAGUACAACGGGAGAAAUUAAUACAAGUAUCCUCUCAACACCAGCAGAACAAUGAGCUUGGAACCCACGGGAAACCUGGAGAGCGUCAAAUCAAUAAAUCUACAUCGGAUGGCGUUUUCGAAAAGUUGCAACAGCAUGUUUCGAAAAUUCACCCGCUUGCAAAGAUAAUAAUGAGAUCCCAGCCUGGUGCUUCGCGGUCGGAUUUUAUCUCUGCGCAGUUUGGCUGCCAGGUCUGCGGAUAUUUCAAUACUGAGCCACCAGGGCGUAAGGCUCUUUCUCAGACCUACAAAGACUUUGAAAAGCACUUUACGUCCACAACCCAUCGUCUGAAGAGCAUAGCUUGGGCUAAGCAAAAAGUGAAUGAAGCCACCGCAAGAAAUGUUCAUGGAAUACUCGAAUACCUCCGAACCUUAUUCAAGAGUGCACAACUUGAAGCAAAAUUAAAUACGGGACCACAGGGCCUUGUUCCACGCUACACUAUUGAGUGUUUAAAAUGUCGAAGCUUCGCGUACCAAUUCUUUGAGAACACACCUUCCGAAGUAGAAUCAGCAUAUCGACAGCAUCGAAAAACCCGGAUACACCAAAAUGGUGACAUGCCUGCCCGAAAGUAAAAGCCACCGACGCCGCUCUGUCUACUUGCGCUCUUGGCCUACAGACGUCAAACACCAGUGGCAGCAGGUCGAAUAAGCCUGCGAUGGAAAUGGACUCCAAACAUCCUAGCGCGCAUUUACAUUUCGACAUAGUAUCAGACGCUGAUUCUCAGGAGGGCUCUCUGCUGGCAGUCAGUCGCCAGUCACUAUCUAGGGUUUCCAGCCGAAUUGAUACGAACCGAAGAAUUCUUUUUUUGGCUGGAGGAUUAAAAUAAGACCGACCAAAACGUACCCAGUCUGACGUCAAGCCUAAGAAUCAUAUUCAAACUUGGCAACCUUUUUCAAUUUUGGGAGACCAAGACGUCAACCCGCUACCUAAAUUCCGUCUACCAUCGUCAACUACUCCCUCGCCACCUCGUAGGUUCUCUCUUAUACGUUCUGGACCAACAACAGUCUCCUCAAAACAAUCCCCAGUCACAAAUGCGCCUUCUGUUCAAGGCUACCAAAAACAUCUCGCUAUGCCCCGUAGCAAAUUUCCAAAAGACAAUUUCCGCAUCCAAGAAUCCAUCAAAACCAAGUCCAAAGAACGGUACAUCACAGGACAUUGUCUAGACUGCGAGAAUUCCAUGCCCUUCCUAGGAACACCAGAAGUCAUGUACGCCGCUCUCAAGGCUCAUUUACGUAGCAACAUGCAUCUUGGAAAACGAUUUUCCAAGACCAUGAGCGAGAUGAAAAAGCAGGCUCUAAGUGCUUUAAAGGUUAAUGAGGAGGCGUUACGAAGAGAUGUACGUGAGGGCCGUUUAUCAAACGCAGACUUGGAGAAGCAUAGUAAGAAGAGAAAAGAGGUUUCGGAAUUGAGAGACCCUACCAUGACGGCUGAAUCUGGGGGCUUUCCCACGUUGGCACGGGCGAUUAGGUCUAAACGGAGAAAGAUCGAUGAUGGCAAGUCGUAGGUACGGUCUAUCUCGACUAUUUCUAGAGUUGUGUGGAGUUUUGGUAUUCUUGGAAUCUAGGUUAUGUUUGAGGCGUUGGGCUUUCAUUUCAAUACCCUCUAUGCACCGCGUUCCUGGCUUUCUUGGAAUACAUUUCAGGAUUUCGUGCUUUGGAGAUACACCUUCUUCCAGCCGUUUGUUUUGGACAUCGUGGGUUUCCUUGGAGAUUAUUAGGGGCAAGGCAGAGAUUUGUAAGGAUUAACUUUGAGCAUGUUAAGCAUUCAAUAUCCGUUCUUCUACUUGGGAUGUGUGAGAGGUGAACGUAGAAUUUCUCUCUGUACUUGUAU